AUGCUUUGGAAGCCAUUCGUGUUCGUAUUUCUACCAUUACUAGCACAUGCUUCUGUGGGUGAUAACCUACCUCUGUUCCAAAGAUGCGUCUCUGAAUGUGAAUCAGCGGUGUGUUUAGCCAAGUCUUCACCCAAGAAGUUCACUGAAAAUUCGGUGAAUCCGAUAUCCGGUUUUGUAUUUGGGUGGGACUGUUUACUGGAUUGCAGAUAUAAAUGUCAACAACUUGUUACCGCGGAUAGAAUACAGCAUGGAGAACAGGUUGUUCAGUUCUUCGGAAAAUGGCCCUUUACGCGUGUCUUUGGAGUGACAGAACUAUUUUCAACUCUCUUCUCCAUGGGAAAUUUUUACGUCAAUUACAGUAAUUUGGCAAAGUUGAGAAAAAACAUGCGUAUCAAUGCCAACAACCCAGAAAAAAUGAUCGUGUUUCGGCAAUCUAUACUUUUGGUUUUGGUCAAUAUGUUUGGCUGGACUUGCAGCUCCAUAUUCCAUAUAAGGGACACCCCACUCACUGAAAUUAUGGACUAUCUUGGCGCGGGUGCUAUUGUUAUGGCAAAUUUCAAUGCUAUCUGUAUAAGAUAUUUCGAUCUUCAUCUAUCAAAGAACAAAUCCCGUCGGCAGAUGUUCCAAUACGGUCUCAUGUUCGUUCUUUGCAUUCAUUACACUCGUUUGUAUAUUUCAUGGGAUUACGAUUACAACAUGGCCUUCAAUGUGGUGAUUGGCCUCGCAGCGGCAGCCUUAUGGAUUGCUCACUCUCUUAACGUGUACCGCAAGUGUUCGAACGGCAAUGUGGCCACAAAAUCGAUUUACGUGGCGCCUUAUGAGGCAGCUAUUGCACGCAAACUUGAGUUCAUCGGUAUCAAAGGCUUUUUCUGGAUACCUUUGAUCCCUGUUGUGUUGAACGUAUUUCUCAUCUUGAGUGUGUCUUUAGAGUUGGUGGACUUUGUGCCGUGGUUUCUGUUGAUAGACGCUCACUCCUUGUGGCAUUUGUGCACGAUGAUUCCACCUUCGAUCUGGCAUGACUGGAACUUAUGGGAACUCGAGCUCGCCUCGGUAGGAUACGGCCUUUCAUGA